GAUUUAAUAAGAAUUGAGAAAGGGUUUGGAGCUUAAAAGGAAAGCUUGAACGCCGCUUCUUCUUCGUCUUCUUCCUCGCGCUCCUCUCUUUCUCUGUUAAUUGCUUCUUCAAUCCUCUUCCCGCGGGUUUUGUCCCUAGACGUUUAUCGGUGAAAAAAGAUGACUUUAACGGAAGAAGAAAUCAAAAGACUGUACAGAAUCCAGAAGACGUUGAUGCAGAUGCUUAAGGAUCGUGGCUACUUUAUCGCGGAUUCGGAAAUUACGAUGACCCUUGGACAGUUUAUUAGGAAACAUGGCGAUAACAUGAAAAGGGAGGAUCUUGUUACUCUCAAAGCUAAGAGAAAUGAUAACAAUGAUCAGCUCUAUAUAUUCUUCCCUGAUGAGGCGAAAGUUGGAGUUAAGACGAUGAAGAUGUACACGAACCGGAUGAAAUCAGAGAAUGUUUUCAGAGCAAUUUUGGUGGUGCAACAGAACUUGACUCCUUUUGCUCGAACUUGCAUAAGUGAGAUCUCCUCAAAAUUUCACUUGGAAGUUUUUCAGGAGGCGGAAAUGCUAGUGAACAUCAAAGAACAUGUUCUUGUUCCUGAGCAUCAAGUUCUUACCACUGAAGAGAAGAAAACUUUGCUGGAGAGAUACACCGUGAAGGAGACGCAGCUUCCAAGGAUCCAAGUGACUGAUCCGAUCGCAAGAUACUUUGGACUAAAACGUGGGCAAGUCGUGAAGAUCAUACGUCCGAGUGAAACCGCGGGUCGUUAUGUUACCUAUCGUUAUGUUGUAUAAGGCAAAGCCUGUCUGUAUUUGCGAAUGGAACGCUUAGAAUUAUGAAACAUAUGAGAAAUGCUUUUGUACCAAACAGUUGACAAUGUGAUUCAAUCUUACGACAACCUUUCAGUA